UAUUCUUGGUGUUGUUUGAUUUGAUUUAUUGCUUAUUAUUCGUUCAUUCCUCUGCUGCCAUUUCUGCAUUCAGAGAUGGAAGGAAUAUCUGAUAUCUGUGAGUUUUUGUCCAUUUUUCGUUUGGGUUGUCGGAGAGAGAAAAGCUGUUUUAUUUAUGUUGUUUUUCUCUGAUCAAAGAGGGGUGAUCGGCGGAGGAGGAUUAGUACCGAAGUUUUCUCUGAUUAAUUCCUGCGUUUUUUCUGUGAUCGAAUCAUUAUUUGAUCAGAGAAAAGUUUGAUCUUUGGAAAGAGAACGAAAGAUUCGAUCUUACUGCGAGAUCAUCAUGAGUGGGGAAGAGGAAGCGGCAAGGAUGAGCUUUGGAGGCACAUCCGACACCGGAAGAUCGAGCGGCUCUGCAUACUACGGGCAAGCGGCGGCGGCACCGGCUACUGCAGCGGAGUUGACUCCGCCGACGCAGCUCAGAAUCACGAACCCUGGAUUCGUUGCUGCUGGCGGCCUCUCUAUUGGACAGCCGAACGUGGACGUCCAGAAUAAUGAAAUGAUGGCCGCCGGCGGCAGUGGCGGAAGGGGACGUGGGGAAUAUUCCGGUAGCCGGAACAGGGAGGACGAGGGCGAUAGCAGAUCGUUCAACGAGAACUUGGAUAUCUCCAGCGAUGAUGUUGAUCAGGGGAGUAACAGUGGCAAUCGUCGCCGGAGGAAUCGAUACCAUCGGCACACCGCCCGACAGAUACAAGAACUCGAAGCUAUGUUUAAGGAAUGCCCUCACCCGGAAGAGAAGCAACGAGAGGAGCUCAGCAGGCGGCUCCGCCUCGACCCCCGGCAAGUCAAGUUCUGGUUCCAGAACAGGAGAACCCAAAUGAAGACGCAAAUCGAGAGGUACGAGAACUCGAUGCUGCGGCAGGAGAACGAGAGGCUGCGGAACGAGAGCAUUCAGUACCGGGAAGCGACGGUGGACUCUCGGUGCUUCAACUGCGGCUUGUCGGCGACGCUCGCCGAGCUCACGCCGGUGGAGGAGCAACUCUGGGUCGAGAACGCCAGCCUCAGGGAGGAGCACGAACGCCUGUGCACCCUUACAAUAAGGUUCCUCGGCAAGUCCUUCUCUUCUCUGUCGAUCGCUCCAACGUCGCCCAUGCCGAGCAACGUCUUCGAGUUCGGGGCCUCCGUCCCGGCCGCCAACACCACCGGUCCCUCGAUGCCACCUUCCACUGCUGUUGCUGUUGCUCAGCCGGUCUACGACAAUAUAGUGAACCCAAUAAUCUCUCCUCCGACGGCGAUGCAGGGGGGUGAGCAGAGCUUUCUGGUGGAGCUGGCUCUGGCGGCGAUGGAGGAGCUGGUGACCAUCGCGCAGAUGGAGGGGCCUCUCUGGCUUCGAGGCUUCGACGGUGUAGCAGAGACGCUCAACUACGACCAGUAUUACAAGCACUGCCGCAUCACAGGGCUGUCUUCGGUGGGGUACACGCCGGAGGCGACGAGGGAGGCCGGAAUGGUGCUCAUAAGCGCCGUCGCUCUCGUCGACACCCUGAUGGACGCUAAUAAAUGGGUUGAAAUGUUCCCCUGCAUCGUCGCCAAGGCCACCGUCGACGAAGUAGUAAUCCCCGGCGUCGGUGGAACAAGAGAAGGCGCGCUGCAAAUCAUGCAAGCAGAGCUGCAAACGCUGUCGCCGUUGGUUGCCGUCCGCGAGCUCCGCUUUCUCCGGUUCUGCAAGCAGCAGCGGGAGGGCACUUGGGUCGUCGUCGACGUCUCCGUUGACAGUAUCAUGAACCCCGGCCGUCAAGUCGGGCCGAGCUUUCGACGUCUGCCUUCCGGCUGCCUGGUGCAAGAUAUGGCUAAUGGCUACUCCAAGGUGACGUGGGUGGAACAUAACGAGUAUGUCGAAGAGCAAGUGAGCCAAAUGUACCAGCAGCAUCUCCGAUCCGGCAUGGCGUUCGGCGCCGGUAGGUGGGUCGCCUCCCUGCAGCGCCGCUGCGAGGUGGUCGGCCUUCUCAUGUCCUCCUCCCGCCGUGAACUCGACUCUGGCAUCGUGUUCGCGCAACUGAGCAUGCUGAAGCUAGCGCAGAAGAUGACGCGGGCGUUCGCCAUCGGCGUGUGCUCGUCGGCGGUCGGUGAGUGGCGCAAGGUGGAGCAAGAUAAUCGCAUCGGCGGAGGUGAGUUGUCGCCGGCGAACGUUAUGACAAGGAAGAGCUUGCCGGAGGCAGGGGAGCUGCCGGGGAUCGUGCUCUGCGCGUCGACAGCGGUGUGGAUGCCCGUGGCGCCCAGGCGGCUCUUCGACUUCCUCCGCGACGGGAGCUGCCGGAGUCAAUGGGAUGUUCUCGGAGACGGCGGCCAAAUCUACAACAUGGCUCAUGUCUCCACAGGAAACGACGACUCCAACGCCGUCGUCCUCCUGCGCACCGGCACGGCCCAGCAACUGAUCAUUCAAGAGACGACCAUGGACGCAUCUGGCGACGCGACGGUGAUCUACGCGCUGGUGGACGUGACGGCGAUGCACCAUGUCAUGAACAACGGCGGCGACACGGCCGACGUCGGGCUCCUCCCAUGUGGCUUCGCCAUCCUGCCGGGCGCGAACUCCAGCUCGCUUCUCACCAUGGAAUUCCAACUCAACCUGAUGACGGCGAGCGUGACGCCGGAGGCGGUGGAGAAGGUCACCGGCCUCCUGUCUCGCACCCUGCAAAAGAUCCAAACCGCCCUCAAUUUAAAUACCAAUUGAUUUUUUUUAAAAUAAUUUUUAGAAAUUAAUAAUUAUUUGACUCGGGUCC